GUUUAAAUUUUCAAUAAAGACAAGUAUAAAGUCUGAGAAUAAUUAAGAAUGAAGUGCGUGGCGAUUUUAGCGAGAAGUUUCAGUAAGUAUGAACAGAAAAGGAUGGGAUUGGGAGCUCUCAUGUGUUGCUUUCUUAUGGCAUUCACUCUUUUCAAGCCUUAUAUUGCUCAUUUUCCCCUUAUGGAUUUGGAGAGAUCAAUGGCGUCGAGUCUCAAGAUGUUGAUGAGCACACAAGAAAUAAGCGAACAACCACAAUCAUAUAGUUAUGUGGAGAGUGUAACACCACCAAUCACUCAAAACCUAACCAAUUCAAGAUCACAAGUGUACGAAAUAAAUGGUGACAUUAGGAUCCAUGGCAACUCAUCCACCAUAUUCAUAGCCACAACCCAACAACUCAACACGACGUCGUCUUGGACCGCGAAACCCUACGCUAGAAACUUCGAUAAAAACGUGAUGAGAAUGAUCAGAAACCUCAAAAUAACUAAUCAAAACCCUAACACCACCCCACCUUGCAGUCGGAGAUUCACCGCCCCGGCCGUCGUCUUCUCUACCAGAGGCUACACCGGAAACCCCUUCCACGACUUCACCGACGUGCUCAUCCCACUCUACCUCACCUCUCAACCAUUCAACACCACAGUAAUCUUCCUCGUCACCAACAUCAACUCAUGGUGGACUUCCAAGUACAAACCAAUCCUAAACAUGCUCUCCAAAUACGACCUCAUCGACCUAGACAACCAAGACGACGUACUAUGUUUUCCAAGAAUCAUCGUCGGGCUCAAAUCCCACAAAGAGUUGGGCAUAGAUCAAUCGAUGCCUCCAAAUUAUUCAACGGCCGACUUCACCAAAUUCCUCAGAAAAACGUACUCGUUAGAGAGAGGACGCCUCGUCGGAGGUUGCAAGGACAAGAGGCGGCGCCCUCGCCUGCUCAUCGUCUCGAGACAGAAGACACGGCGCCUGAGGAACGAUUACGAGGUGGCUGAGUUGGCACGGAGUGUUGGAUUCGAUGUGAGGGUGAGGGAAAUGGGGUGGCACGUUUCGUUGGUGGCCAAGUUUGUAAAUAGCUUCGACGUGAUGGUGGGCGUGCAUGGUGCAGGGAUAACCAACAUGGUUUUUCUUCCAGAAAAUGCAGUUGUGAUACAGAUUGUGCCGAUUGGAUUGGAGAGUCUGUCGAGGAAUUACUUCGAAAUUCCAUCCAAAGAUAUGAAGUUGAGGCAUUUGGAGUAUAAGGUGGAAGUGAGGGAGAGUUCAUUGGUUGAGAAAUAUGGGAUUGGAAAUGAGGUGUUCAAUCGUCAAGCUUUGUAUAACAAGGGUUGGAAUGAAUUUCGUUCUGUUUAUUUGGAUAACCAAGAUGUGAGUAUUGAUUUAUUUAGGUUUAAGAGAGCUUUAUUGGAAGCUAUGGACCUUGUUUGUAGCUAGUUUUCCAACAAUUAUACCUUCAGAUUUGGCUUUAGAAUUCAGUAGAAUAUGUUUCCUUGAAA